AUGAUAGAAUGGAGUUUGUUCUUUUAUACGUUUGUGCAGAGUUCAGAAACGUCAAAAGGUAAAUAUUAGAGGCGUCGUCAAUGUUUACCCUGAUAAGAAUUUUUUCGAAGAACCGUUCUUUUUAAAUUUCGCAACGUCGCGUUUUGAACUUCAUUAUCACUUAUAAUUUUUGGGCAAUCUUGUUUUAAAACAGCUGGAACAUUUUUAAAAAGUUUUUUUAAGCGACGAAAAAAAUGUUAAGGUAAAUUCGCGCCAUCGCACUCGGCGCGCGCUAUUUACGAGAAUUUGAAAAAUACCGCAUUUUUUGUUGGUUAUUUUGUUCAAAAAGUUCUAGUUGGGAGUUUAAAUACGUUCAAGAUAUCACUGAAAAUAGCUCUUGGCUUUGAUAAUGCUCGGAAUCUUACUCUAUUCUUUUUUUCAAAUACACAAAUUAUUUUUUUAUCAUUGACUUUUUGAGAGGCGAUGCCUGGAGCCACCAGUAAAACGGAAAUUACGGCAGAAACUGUAAGUUUCACGUUUAGAGAAUAUUUCAAUUUUAGAGAGUGGUCUGCAAGGAUUCUUCCGGUUACAUUUGCGAUGUGAAACUGUCGAAGGUUUAAAUAAAAAAAUGUAAAAUAAAUUAAUUUUUCUAUGAUUUUUGAGACGGAUGUGUCGCGGAAUAUGAACAAAUUUUUACAAUAUGGUCGUCUACGAGAAUGGGACGCAAUUUUGGUAAUUUUCAGUCUUUUUUUUCAUUUUUGGCAUGGUUUUUUGAAGGCGCAGUCCAGAAAACUUAUAAAAUUAGAUAAUGCGCCUUCAAAAAUCCGGUCAAGGUUUUUUUUAAAAAUCGAAAUUUUCAGCUGUGAUCUGACAAAUGGGAGGAUUGGCUACAAUGGAGUAACCCGAAAACAUUCUUUUCCAACCCAAGAAUCGGCUAUAGCACUUUUUACAAAACAGUUUUUGGGUAAAACUGGCUUUGAAUGGAAGGUUGGAAACUUGAAAAAAAUGAAGAAAAUUUUCUGAAAUUUCCAGGGGCCUUCAGCGACCUACAAGUGGUCUACGAACACGUACAGAAUUAUCAAGGUUUUUUUGAAUUGUCUUUUAUGACUUUUUCAAAGGAGCAUAGACGAAGUUUAUUAAGGUCUUGAAACGAAAAAAAGAUGACUUUUUAAAUUUCGAAAAAAAUGUGAAAAAAAUUCGGUUUUUCAGCACGUUGAACCUGAUGAAAAGCCACAGAGGGUUGCGAAAAAAAGAACUUUGAAAGUGGAAAAACCGAUGGAAAAUCUAGAAGAGGUUAGAAAAAAAAAAUUUUAAAGUCGAAAAAAAAUAUUUUUCAGAUGAGCGAGGUUUUCGGGUUUCUGAGCAUCGUUUGCGAUGAGAAGAAGAUUAAUCAAACUCUGCAAAGGCAAAAUUUUGGGAAACCUAUAAGUUAGUGGGAAAUUAGAAUCGUAGGCAAAGUCGGAAGAACCCUUUAGGGGCCCGUUAAUUGUUCCUAAACGUGUGACAACGGUUUCCUUUGUAUUGCCUUUUUUGACCUUCCAUCGGCCUUUAUCGGACCCUUUUGGGAAAAAAAAAAUUUUUCAAAUUGACCAGGGAAUGGUCUCUGUUCACAGGGGAACUUCUGAAUGGGAUCAUGUUUUCUAGAUGUAGUUUUUUAUGCUGAUUCUAAAUCCGGUCUCAAAAGCUGCCCAAUAUGUCUGUGAAAAAGUUGUGGACCCUCAAAAGUCGAAAAGCUCAUAGUUUCCGAUCGAGCUCAUUUUUCGAAGGUAUGUAGAUCCUGUCCCUCUGAUCACGAAAAUCCAUUUAACUCUUUCCAAAAUUAUUUUGAAGCUUUGAUAUGAUUCUUCAAAGCUCGGCGCGUGAUAAGAGCUUGCGAACGCGGUGUCCUUGAAAAAUCAUAUCAAAGCUCCAAAAUUUUUUUUGGAAAAGUCAAAUCGAUUUUCGUGAUCAGAGGACAGGAUCUACAUACCCUCAAGAAAUGAGCUCGAUCGGAGACUAUGAGAUUUUUGACUUUUGAGGGUCCAUAAAUUUUUUCACAGACGUAUUGGGCAGCUUUUGAGUUUGGAUAUGGGAUCAGCAUAAAAAACUUCACCUAGAAAACAUGGUCUCAUUCAGAAGUCCCACUGUGAGCUGAGACCAUUCCCUGGUGAGAAUAAUCUUCACCAGUGACUGUGUAGGAACCAAAAUGGGCUACAGUAAUAAAAUUGGAAAUUAUUAAUGGCCGAGACUUUUUGCACCCUUUUUUGAGGCUUUUUAGCCCGCCAAGGAAGAAAGGCUCAAUAAAGGUCGCAAAACGGAACCCUUUUAGCGGCCAUUUUGCAGCCACUUCCUUUUUUCCGCACUUCCCAAUUUGGCAGUGAUAAGAUAAAGCCCGAAAAAUUAACUCGGAAUGGUUUUUUGGAUGGGGUUUUAUUAAGAUUUGGAUUCACAUUUUUUUCACAGAUUUGCCAAUUGUGAUAUAUUUCAGUGAAAAAAAUUUCACAUGGUAGAUAGAACCUGAAAAAAAGAAAUUUUUUUCUAUUUUUUUCAACAAUUUUCUUCAAACCCAUGUAUUUUAGCCAUUUUUCUCUACUAAAAUUCUCUCAAACUCCUUUUUUAGGAACCCUCUCCGUCAAGCAAAUCAACGGCGGUUCAUAAACUUUGAAAUCCGCAUUUUUCACUGAUUUUCCAUAGUUCUUUGAGGUUUUUUUCAGAAAUUUCAGUUGAAAAAAGGUUCAAAUGAUAGAUAUAACCUGAAAAAACGAAUUUUUUCUUCAAACCCAUGUAUUUUUAGCCAUUUUUCUCUACAAAAAUUCUCUCAAACUCCUUCUUUAGGAACCCUUUCCGUCAAGCAAAUCAACGGCGGGUUCCGGACUUUGAGAAAAAUCGAGACGGCCUUGAAGAAAAAGACGAGCGUCGCCGAGCUCACCAACGAGUAUUACUCGAAUAUUCCCCACUGUUUCGGGUUUACUUCACCAAAAAAUAAAAAAAUUCAUGGGAUUUUUCAGAAUGAGUGUCCCUCCGAAAAUUGACAAUUUGGAAAAGGUGAAGGCAGAGUUCAACCUGUUGAAUUCCCUCUCCGGAGCCAUGGAAUUGGUCGGCGAUAUGGAGAAUGUGAAGGUAAAAAUGAAAAAUUUGUGUUUAUGUAUUGAACAUUUCUAUUAGGUUCAAAUUUUUCUAAAAUUUGAGUAGAAAAUUGGUAUUUUCUAUGUUUCAAUGUCAUUUUUUUUUGAUCGGGGAUAUGAAGAGUUUAAAGGUAAUUAUAGAAAAAUAAUUUUUUUCGGUAGGAUUUUUAAAAGUUUCACUUCCCUUUUUUUAAAAAUUAAAAAUAGGAAGAUUUCGGAUUUUUCAAGGUUUCAAUGCCUUUUUUUGGUCAUUGAUAUAAAGAAUUUGAACGUAAUGGUGGAAAAAAAUUACGUUUAAAAAAAUUUUAGAAGUUCAUUUUCUAAACUUAAAAUAGAAAAUUGGCAUUUUUCAUGUUUUUCAAUGCCUUUUUUUAUGUUGGAGAAUGGAAAAUGUGACUCUAAAAACGUGGAAAAAAAAUUUUUUUCGAUUGAAAUUUUUAAAAGUUUCACUUCAUUUUUCUAAAAACUAAAAUAGGAAGAUUUCGGAUUUUUCAAAUUUUUUUGGUCGUUGAUAUGGAGAUUUUUGAUUGUAACCUUGAAAAAAAAUUUACGAUUUUAGUUAGAAUUUGAGAAUAUUCGCUUGAUUUCCCAGAAGUAAUAGAGGGAUUUUUUUGGUUUUUUUAAGUUUUUCAUAACCCUGUUUUUUUGUUCGAAUAUAUAAAGAAUGUCAGAAUAAUUUUUGGAAAGCUUUUUGUUUCAUAAAUUAAAUUUUUCAAAAUUUUUCAAUUCCGUCGUCUAGAUUUUUUUAUGGAAAUAUUCUGAUAUUCGUUUUUCGAGGUAAAAAAAUUUCAUUCUUACUCUAGAUAUGGAAUGUGAAGAUAAAAUGGAAAAGUUCUGUUUUUCCGGUUAGAAUUUCAGAAGGUUCACUUCCUUUUCUCAAAAAAAUAUAUUUUUCAAAUUUUUUUGAAAGCUCUGUUUUUUUAUAUGGAGAAUUUGCAGGUAACCAUGAAACAAUAAUUUUUUUAUUCGGUUUUGGAUUUUUAAAAUUUUUCACUCAACUGUCACAUUUAGAUAGAGAGACUUCUGAUUUUUCAAUGUUUUGAAGCCUUUUUUUGGGUCGGAGAUAUGGAGAAUGUAACGAUAAAAAAAUAGAAAAAAAUAAUAUUCAUUUGAUUGGAAUUUUAAAAUUUUUCACUUAACUUUCAAAUUAAAAAAAUUUUUGGAGUUGCUAGGUUUCUAAGUUUUUUUGGUCUUUGAUAUGGAGAAUUUGAAGGUAAUUUUUGGAAAAAAAUUAUGAUUUUUUUAGAUAGAAUUUCAGAAGAUUUACUUUUUUUCAAAAAAAGUAUAUGGAAAUAUUUCAGAUUUUUCAAGACCUUUUUUUGAUUGUAGAAAUGAAUAAAUUUGAAAAUAGUUUUUUUGAAAAAAAAUUAUGUUUUUUUGAUCAGAAUUUCAAAAACUUUCUAUCACUUCUCAAUAAUUUCUUUACAAAAUGUCCGAAUUCACGGCUUUUUGAGGAACGAUCGUGUUUUUCUCAAUUAAAAAAAAUUGAUUUAUUUCCGGAUUUUUAAAAUUUUUUUGAUGGCCUUUUUGUCUUGGAUAUGGAGAUUUCGAUGAUAAUAAUAAAAAAAUUGUGUUUAUUAGUUCGAAUUUCGUAAAGAUUCCAUCAAUUUUCCAUUAUUCCUGUGCAAAAUGACCGAAUUUACGACUUUUUUAAGGAACGAUUUUUGUGUAUUUUUCAUUCAAAAAAAUUAACAUUUUUUUAGAGUUUCAAAGCUUUUUUUCUGAUAUUUUCAUUUUUAUUAAACAAUUUUUCUUUUAAGUCCGACGACAAAGGGGUCCGUAUAUCGUUACAUGUACGAUAAGCUUCCAUCUCAAAUCGUUCACGUUGAAGACGAGGAACUUUUUGAUGGUAUUUUUUUAUAAAAAAAACAACAUUAUUUAAUUAAAUUCUAUUUGGCAGCUCCUCAAGCAAGCGGCGACCUACAACGCGCCGACCCAUCAUUUCGAAAAUAUGAAGUUUUCGCGCGCUUUCCGUUUCGGCGAAAAGUUGCAGCCGACCAAAAGGAGGCGCGCGCCGGCACCCGCGGUCAACACGUGGGGAUUUUUUUAUAUCAACGAUUUUUUCAAGGCUUUUCCAAAAUCAAAUUCCCAAACACCUCUAUUUGAGGAACAGAAAGGAUAGGAAAAUUUUUCAAAUUCUAGAGUUACGGUCCGUUUUUCGUGACUCAAAUGAAGCUUUUUUAGCUUUUCUUAGAAACUCCAGAGUGGUCCCUAUAGAGGCGACCCUAGGGACCACUUUACCAAUCCCUAUAGGGGUCACUAAAGCUUGCAAAAGUAGUCCCUAUGGGGGACAUGCUAGUCGAUUAUUGUUAUAACUCCUUGGGAAUUCCAGAGGGGUCCCUAUAGGGGUGAAGUUAAGGUGGCACCUAUAGAGGUUUAGAGUCUGACCCCCUAGCCUUUAGAGCUCAAGUGGACCCUAUAGGGCUCUUAUUUACUCAGGUUACCUCAUCAAAUUUCUUCUUCGCUCAGAGUUCAUAACAACUUGUCGACUAAAAUGUCCCCUAUAGUGGUCACUUUUUCAAGAUUUAGUGGUUUUUAUCGGAGUUGGUAAAGUGGUCCCUCGAGGGUUGCUUAAGGUUUAGCCCCGAUAGGAACCACUCUGGAGUCCCUAAGUCUAUGCGAAAAAUCGAUAAAUCAGCAUUUUUUGAUAAAAAGUAUCACAGAAGGUCAAUUUUGUCUUUUUAAGGUUCAAAUUGAACCAAAAAAUGGAAAUACCUCUAUAGGGACCACUUGCUCUCUAGGGGCUUAUGAAUCGGACCCUAAACUCCUAUAGGGACCACAUAAAGUUUACCCCUAUAGGGACCACUUUUUUGGCCCCUAUAAAGGCUGCUUUUUCCCCGAACCCCUAUAGGGACCAUUCAGGACGAUUUUAGCCGCAAAAAACUGUAUUUUUUUAGGUUUUUGUUCAAAUUUUCAAUGACAAGGCUUUAGUAGAAAACUUGGCGUUUUUCUUUUAUUUUUCAAUUUUUUUCAGCCUCCUUCUUUGGCACGGCUCCCCGGUGACGAAUAUCUAUUCAAUUAUGCUCAACGGACUUUCUCGGCCCGAGUUCCCGCGCGGCAAUUUGAUGUUUGGGCCUGGGAUUUAUUUCGCUACCCUUGUGAGUUUAGAAAAAAAAAAUCAAAGUUUCAGAAGAAAAUUUUCGUUUUUCUCGAAAAGGAUUUGAAUCAUUCUUUUUUGGUUCAUUUAUCAAUAAAAGUUAUUUUUUUUUUCGAAUUUAAUCAGGUUUUCAAUAAUAUUUGCCUUUUCAGGCCUCAAAAUCGCUGUUAUACUGCAAUGUGGCGCCCGGGGAGAAGGUCUAUCUGUUCCUCUGUAAGGUGGGUUUAAUUAACAAAUCACCUGAAUUUUUUAAAAUUUUAUUUUUCAGGUGAACUUGGGCGAUUCAUUGGUUCUGACCGAGUGUGACUAUGACCCGGCGACUGUCUUGAAAAAGAAGAAGAAAAAUUCAGUUCUCGGCAAAGGCCUUCACUCUUCAACGUCUUUCGUUGAAAUGUUAGUGAAAAUAUUUUUUUUUAGACUUUAGGGGAUUUUAUAUUGAUGCAUUUCGAAACAAAGGCGCGGGGAGUAGGCUCACAAAAAUUUCGAAAAUUUAUGAGUAAAAUCAAUUUUUCAGCCCCAAGAAUAGUUUUGGCCACAAUGAAUUAUUUAUUUUCAAUAAUGCAAGUUUUAGCCUCAGGGAGGUAGUAUUACCUUUAAUUUCAGAAAAAAAACUUGGGAGGAGGGGUCGGCGACCUUUGAAAAUCGUAUAUGAUGGACACUAAUGACCUCGAAAAUUUUCCUCCGAAAAAAAUUGGGGUAACUUUGAAAAAUUAUGCUCUUGUGGAACUAGAAGCUUCAGAAGGACGAAUUUUGAUUUGAAACAAAUUUUUAGGAGCGCUUUUUUGGGCAUGAAAUCAAUCGAAAUUGCAAAAAAGGGAGGAAGUUGCCAUUUUUGGGAGUAAGAAAAGGUGGAAAAUCAAAUUUAGUUGGUCAAGAAGGUUUUUUUUUUUUUUAGGCGAUUUGUAAUAGAUUGAUCUGGAAACAAAAGUCUUUAGAGCGCUUUCAAUAGACACUGGUGGCCUCGAAAAUUUUCUUACAAGAAAAAAUUAGGAUAACUUUGAAAAAUUAUGCUCUUGUGGAACUAGAAGCUUCAGAAGGACGAAUUUUGAUUUGAAACAAAUUUUUAGGAGCGCUUUUUUGGGCAUGAAAUCAAUCGAAAUUGCAAAAAAGGGAGGAAGUUGCCAUUUUUGGGAGUAAGAAAAGGUGGAAAAUCAAAUUUAGUUGGUCAAGAAGGUUUUUUUUUGUUUUUAGGCGAUUUGUAAUAGAUUGAUCUGGAAACAAAAGUCUUUAGAGCGCUUUCAAUAGACACUGGUGGCCUCGAAAAUUUUCUUACAAGAAAAAAUUAGGAUAACUUUGAAAAAUUAUGCUCUUGUGGAACUAGAAGCUUCAGAAGGACGAAUUUUGAUUUGAAACAAAUUUUUAGGAGCGCUUUUUUGGGCAUGAAAUCAAUCGAAAUUGCAAAAAAGGGAGGAAGUUGCCAUUUUUGGGAGUAAGAAAAGGUGGAAAAAUCAAAUUUAGUUGGUCAAGAAGGUUUUUGUUUUUUUAGGCGAUUUGUAAUAGAUUGAUCUGGAAACAAAAGUCUUUAGAGCGCUUUCAAUAGACACUGGUGGCCUCGAAAAUUUUUCUUACAAGAAAAAAAUUAGGAUAACUUUGAAAAAUUAUGCUCUUGUGGAACUAGAAGCUUCAGAAGGACGAAUUUUUGAUUUGAAACAAGUUUUUAGGAGCGCUUUUUUGGGCAUAAAAUCAAUCGAAAGUCGAAUUUACAAAAACGGAGGAAGUUGCCAAUUUUGGGGGGCGAAAAGUCGAAAAACCAAGAUUUUUUUGGUUUUGGUGAACUGAUCUUUCAUUAGAACUUGAUUUAGAUAUAUCUUAGUACUUUUUGAAUUGAAAUUAAGACACUUUGUGCAGUAGAUCUCAGGACGAUAUGAAAGCUUUGAAAAUAACUUUUUUCGUAUUAAUUAUGUGUCUUUUGCGAAAUUUGAAGAAUAGUUACUGAAAAGAGUUCUUUUGGGAGAAAUCAUUCCUUUUUCUGAAUUCAGGAGGUCCUAGAGUGCCCUACAGUGAAGUUUUAUCAAAAAAAAAUUUUUCGGGGCUGAAUGAAAAAAAAAUUUCAUGCUCUCUUAUCUUCUUGUCAAGAAAUUAGAACAAGAAUUUAUAACAUGCAGGUUUUUUUCAGAAGAUUUAUUUUUAUGUUUUCAUGCUUCAGAAUAUUCAGAAGUGUAUUUGAAGAAAAAAAAAUUUCAUGCUCAAUUAUCUUUUUGUCAAAAACUGUGAACUGGUUUCUUAUGAAAAAUGUUGUAAAAUCAUGAUUUUUCACUCCUUUAGCGGGCCUUAUAACCAAAGAAUUUUAUGCCUUCAUUCUUGAUUCAUUUUAAGCGAUGGAAUCCAAGUGACGACGUGCGUCGAGAACCGCGGCGACGUCAAGUCGGCGCUUCUCUACGACGAAUACGUCGUCUACGAUGAGUCUGCUGUUUCAAUCGCCUACGUCGUCGAAUUGGUCUGCACCGAGCCUGAAUGA